AGCGCUCGCCGCCUGGCCACCGUGGGCACCACUCGUCAUCUGACGACACUCGCUCAACCAGGCACGGAUGUGCAACGAACACCUACUGGAAAUGCCACUCGGAAUGGGCUUCGAACACCUUCCAGUAUUGCCACGGGGUCGUCGCGCCGAGUGCAGCAUCCGAACUUCAACUUGACACGACGUGCCAUGUCGAGUGCUGCUGCUGCUCAUGCACCUGCUCCUGCUCCCGCGACCGCACCUCGACGAAUCUCCUCUCACUUGGAAUUGCCGUUCGUUAUUGGCCAGCAGGUUCACGGAUUCACCGUGCGCGACAUUCAGCUCGUGAAGGAGUUUUCGCUCACCGCCGUCCAUCUCACGCACGACGCAACGGGUGCAGACUAUGUGCACAUGGCCCGAAAUGACUCAAACAAUGUAUUUGCAGUCUCCUUCCGCACUGCUGUCGCAAACUCGACGGGCGUGCCACACAUUCUUGAACACACGACGCUGUGCGGGUCCAACCGCUUUCCGUGUCGCGAUCCCUUCUUUAAGAUGCUCAACCGCUCGCUCGCAACGUUCAUGAACGCCUGGACUGCGAGCGACUACACAAUGUAUCCGUUCUCGACACAAAACGGGCAAGAUUACCGCAACUUGCUCAGCGUGUACCUGGACGCGACCUUCUUUCCGCUUCUGCGUGAGCGGGAUUUCGCACAAGAGGGCUGGCGCGUUGAAAACACUGCGGUCGAGAACAAGGCGUCUCCACUUGUCUUCAAGGGAGUCGUAUACAACGAAAUGAAGGGCGCUCUGUCCGACCCCGACCAGCUGUACAACACUCGCGUCCAACAAGCCUUGUAUCCCACUUCGCUGCACGCGAACGUCAGCGGCGGAGAUCCUCCCGCCAUCACCGACUUGAGCUACGACGAUUUGAUUGCCUUCCAUCGCGAUCACUACCAUCCAAGCAACGCGCUCUUCUUCUCGUACGGCGACCUUGCGCUCGAAGAGCAUCUGGAACUGGUCCAGCGCGAGGCCCUGUGUCACUUCGGGCGCCAACCUCUCAAACCACACGCAUCGGGCUCCGAGCAGCGCUGGACCCAGCCCCGCACUGUCCAGCUCUCCUGCCCUCCGAUCGUUGGAGGCGGCGAGGCAGAGUCUGGUUCCAGCCAACAACAAGCGGGUUUGGCUCAACCUCACGCGUCUGAAGCUGCCGAACUCGCGGAAAACGAGGAAGCCGUUGCAGCAGAGCUCAGUGGGAGUGUCGAAGACGACCAUGAUGCGGAGCCUUCGCACGGCACAAUGAGCGCCCCUCCCGGCGUUGGCGAAGCGAGUGCACCUCAAGCCGCUGCUUCAGAUCGCCGCAAUAGCGUGGUCUCUGUCGCCUGGGUCAUGCACGAUGUCGUGUCAGUGUACGACACGUUGGUUGCCCGCAUUGUUGGGGCAACGCUUGCAGGUGGCCCAUCCACGCCCUUUUACCGAGCACUGCUCGAAUCGGGUCUCGGUCUGGCGUUCUCGCCAAACACUGGUUGCUCGACGUCCGAGCAGCAGCCGAGCUUUGCCGUGGGCUUGAAGGACGUGCGUCUGGCCGACGCAGAUGCGAUCGUCAAGCUCAUCGACGACACGUUGUCGCACAUUGCAGUGCACGGCAUCGAUGCCAAGCUGGUCGAGGGCGAGUUGCAUCAGCUCGAAAUCACCCUCAAGCACCAGUCGAGCAACUUUGGUUUGUCUCUGGCAUCCAUGUUGGUUGGCAACUGGGUCCAGCACAUUCCCAUGCAAGAGACACUGGCUUUCAACGAGGCGAUCGCUCGCUUCCGUCACGAGUUUGCCACUCAGCCCGACUUUAUCCAGCGAUUCGUCCGGCGCCACUUGCUCACCAAUCCCCACCGUCUUGUCGCGGUGAUGAGCCCCGAUGCCGGGUAUCAGGCUGGUCUGCUGAAGGAGGAGAGCGAGCGACUUGCACGGCACGUUGCGCUCUUGGACGACGCAGCAAAGGAAAAGCUGCAUCAGCAAGGUCUCGAGCUGCAGCAGCAGCAAAACCGCAUCGAGGAUUUGUCGUGCCUCCCCAUCAUCCGAGUCGACGAUGUCGAGCGCAAGGCCAUCGAGUACACUGUGCAGGUCGAGCGCGUUAAUGUGGCGGCGAAAUCCCAGUCGCAUGCGCCAGUGACCACCUCCGUCCUCCCCGAGCCAGCAGUGUCGCUGCAGCAGCAACGUCUCUCGAGUCUCAAUGCUACUGGGGCAGCGAUCUCGAUGCCUUCAGCGUACUCUGCCCCGGAAGCCGCGCCGCUCACGCUGCAAACAUCGACGCAGCCAACCAACGGUGUCUCGUAUUUGCACGGCAUCAUCACGUAUCCCAUGGAGCACGCACUUGCGCGCGAAGUACAGCCCUACCUUCCCUUGUUUAUGGAAGUGCUCACGGCGAUGGGAGCGGGAGACAUGGACUACCGCGAGUUUUCGAACGCCACCCAGACCGUUUCUGGUGGAACGCAUGCAGCCGCGCACUACUGCGUCAACCCACUGGACGACACGCUCAUUGAGCAAGGCGUGCUGUUUGCAUCUCAUUUUCUCGACCGGUACGCCGACCGUGCGCUCGACCUCUUCUCGACCGCCAUGCUCCGACCGCGCCUCGACGAUCCCAAGCGUUUGGUGAUGCUUGCUGGCAUGAUGUCGCAGCAAAUCAACUCGAUUGCAGACUCUGGUCACCAGUACGCCAUGACCUAUGCUGCCCGCAACCUGUCCGGAGCUGCAGCCAUCUUUGAGCGGGAUGGUGGCAUCACGCAGCUGCAAUUCAUUCGAUCGCUCGAGCAAACAGUGCGCGAUUCGCCCGAGCAGACGGAGAAGGUGCUUGCACUGCUGCGCGAUCUCGCUCGCGAGAUUCUGCCUGGCGGACGCGCGUCGAGCCCAUCGCGCUUGGGAUUGCGUGGCACUGCCCGUUUCUCACUCAACUCGGAUGCCUCCGGCAUGCCCAUCGUGCGAGACACUGUUCUGCAAACUGUCAUUCAGCCACUCGUGCCUGCCUAUGCCUCCACGUCGGCUUCAGCGAUUUCCGCCAGCCCAUCGUCAGCGCCGUUCACUUCUGCGAACUUGCCCUCCCUCGUGAAACCAACCACACUGAUGCAGGGUAUUGACGUGCUGCGUGCGGGCAAGCUCGAUUUCUACAAGCCGAGCAAGACGUUCUUCCCAUUCCCGUUCCUCAACGUGCACCAUUGCGCGCUUGCCUUCCCGUCUGUGCCAGCCACUCACGCCGAUCACGUUCCUCUGCAAAUCCUUGCACGGAUCUUGACGCACAACUUUUUGCUGCGUGAAGUUCGCGAAAAGGGCGGCGCGUACGGUGCAGGUGCCAACGCCGGUCGCGGCGUCUUCACCUUCUACUCUUAUCGCGAUCCCCGUGCUCUCGGCACAUUUGACAGCUUCCACGAUGCCAUCCAAUGGGUCUUGCACGGCAGCAGCGCGAAUGGCACGGUGACAGACCAGCAUCUCGCCGACGCAAAGCUGAGCAUUCUGGCGGCGGUCGACUCUCCCGUGUCUCCCGGCAAGCGUGGCAUGGGUCUCUUCUUGUCGGGAUACACUCGUGAAAUGCGCCAACGCGCCCGCGACGCCAUUUUUGCCACUACCAUUGCCGACGUUCAGCGCGUUGCGCAGCAGUAUCUCGCCAACAAUUUGCAACGUGCCAGCGCUGCCGUUGUUGGACCCUCGUCCUCUGUGGACGGGCUGCUCCAGUCCGCUCGCGGCAGUGACUGGACGGUCAUUGCCCUCGAUUGAUGAUGAGCUUGAGCAUGUUCUUAUCUUUUGUUGUAACCGCUCGUCGUUGAUUUCUGAGUGCAGAAUUACACCACAGCAGCAAUUUCAUGAUUUCUUUCUGGAUUGAUCUCUUAUUGCUCCUCUAGCCCCGAUUUUCGUUGCUAGGCUCGCCCUUCAUUGCUUGCUCUUCACUGAACAAACACCCAAUUCAUC